AUGUCGAAUUUAUCCAAACUUGAGUUUGUGGCAUUAGAUAUUUCUGGAAAGAAUUAUCUUUCAUGGGUACUCGAUGCUGAGAUUCACUUGGCUGCUAAAGGUCUUGAUGCCACUAUUACUCAGGGAAAAGAAGCAUCCAGUCAAGAUAAGGCGAAGGCUAUGAUUUUCCUUCGUUAUCAUCUUGAUGAGGGCCUGAAGAUUGAAUAUCUGACGCAAUAUCGUGAAAAGGGUUUUCAGAAAUAUUCUGAACUAAUCUCAUGUCUUUUGGUGGCUGAACAACAUAAUGCUCUUUUAAUGAAAAAUCAUGAAGCUCGUCCCACUGGAGCUGCUCCAUUACCGGAGGCAAAUGUGGUGGAAGCACGUGAUCAAUCUGAAGUAAAAAGAGAUGAUCAUCGGGGAUAUAAUAAUGUAUGGGGACGUGGCAAAGAUAAAAGACGAUACACUAAUCGUCAAGAUGGUGAUCAUAAUAAAAGGGAGAACAACAUGAGUUCUCAAAAUAACCCCUCAAAAAGUAAUUGUCGUCAUUGUGGCAUGAAAGGCCAUUGGAAGAAUGAAUGUCGCACACAUGAACAUUUUGUAAGGCUCUAUCAAAAUUCCUUCAAAAAGAAAGGAAAUAAAAGUGGUGCUUCCUCUUCCAAUGCUCGAGCUGAGUCACAUCUGACUCUUAAAGAUGGUGAUAAGCCGGGAACAUCUCAGAAAUAUGAUAAAGAUAUGCACGGUAUUUAUCAGAUCCUCAUAAAGCUUGAUCACAAACAGGAUAUUUGUUUACAUGUGGAGACAUGA